UUUUUUCGCUGUUCUUCCCAUGGACCUAGAAAGGAAGGUUCUUCCGUAUACUUCUGAUUGUUUUUUUUCCUUUUAAUCAUUCAUAUACUUCAAUGGAAAACUCUGACGUCGUGGCCCGCUUGGAUGUUUCUCUGUUCCUCUGCUACCGGUCUCAGCCUGAUAGCCGAUAGCAGCAGCGGUACGACAGGGACCUGCUGACCGCUGUACUGGGACACUGGGAUCUGUCUGCACUGCUUCAUAGGUUACCUUCCCUUCUUCAACCGGUUAAACCGAGAGGGGAGUAUCUUGGUCCGGACAACCCGGGAUGUGCGAUGGCAUCGGUGAAGGUGGCUGUGCGGGUCCGGCCCAUAAACAGACGGGAGAAGGACCUUGCAGCAAAGGGCAUCAUAAAGAUGGGAGGGAGCAAAACAACCAUCACCAAUCUGAAGAUGGCGGAUGGUUUGACGGGAGAUUCGAUGCGGGAGCGAACCAAGACGUUUACGUACGACUACUCGUACGACUCUUCGGACUGUAAACACACCAACUUCAUCUCUCAGGAAAAGGUGUUUAAGGACCUGGGCUCAGACGUGCUGAAGGCUGCCUUCGAGGGCUACAACGCAUGCAUCUUCGCAUACGGACAGACUGGCUCCGGAAAGUCCUACACCAUGAUGGGAAUCCCAGGAGACGUGGGCCUCAUCCCCCGGAUCUGUGAGGGUCUGUUCAGCCGCAUCGCGGGGACCACCCGCCGGGACGCGGCCUCGUUCAGGACCGAGGUCAGCUACCUGGAGAUCUAUAACGAGUGUGUGAGGGACCUGCUGAGAAGGAAGACCAACGACACCUUUAACCUCAGAGUCCGGGAGCACCCCAAAGAUGGGCCGUAUGUAGAGGAUCUGUCCAAGCACCUGGUUCAGAACUACCGGGACGUGGAGGAGCUGAUGGAGGCGGGGAACAUCAAGCGCACCACGGCGAGCACCGGGAUGAACGAAACGAGCAGCCGCUCCCACGCCAUAUUCACCAUCAACUUCACUCAGGCCCGGUUUGCUGCGGAGCUGCCCAGUGAGACCGUGAGUCAGAUCCACCUGGUGGACCUGGCGGGCAGCGAGCGGGCCGACGCCACCGGAGCCACCGGCGUGCGUCUCAAGGAGGGCGGGAACAUCAACAAGUCCCUGGUUACCCUCGGCAACGUCAUCUCAGCGCUGGCGGACCAGAGUCAGGACACGGUGAACACUAACCUGAAGAAGAGGUCUCUGUUCGUCCCGUACCGAGACUCUGUCCUCACCUGGCUCCUCAAGGACAGCCUGGGAGGGAACUCCAAGACCAUCAUGAUCGCCAAUGUUUCCCCAGCCGAUGUGAACUACGGAGAGACCCUUAGCACGCUGCGCUACGCUAACCGAGCUAAGAACAUCAUCAACAAGCCCACGGUGAACGAGGACGUGAACGUCCGCCUCAUUCGGGAGCUCCGAGCGGAGAUCGCCAGACUCCGAGCUCUGCUGAUGCAGGGCAACCAGAUUGCUCUUCUGGACUCUCCUACAGCUUUGAGUAUGGAGGAGAAACUACAGCAGAACGAAGCCCGGGUUCUUGAGCUGACCAAAGAAUGGACCAACAAGUGGAACGAAACCCAGAACAUCCUCAAGGAGGAGACCCUGGCGUUGAGGAAGGAGGGCAUCGGGGUGGUGCUGGACUCUGAACUCCCUCACCUCAUCGGCAUCGACGACGACCUCCUGAGUACUGGGAUCAUCCUGUACCACCUGAAGGAGGGCCGGACGUUUGUCGGACGGGACGAUGCGUCGAGCGAACAGGACAUCAUCCUCCACGGUCUGGACCUGGAGAGUGAACACUGUGUGUUUGAGAACCAGUGCGGCCAGGUGACCCUGGUCCCACUGGGCUGCUCCCAGUGCUCCGUUAACGGGCUCCCAGCAUCCAAACCCGCCCCCCUCAACCAGGGGGCUGUGAUCCUAUUGGGCCGGACCAACAUGUUCCGCUUCAACAACCCUAAGGAGGCCGCCAAACUACGAGAGAAACGCAAGAGUGGUCUCCUCUCCACCUUCAGCCUGUCCAUGUCGGAUCUGUCCCAGUCCUGCGAGAGCCUCUCCACCGUCAUGCUCUACAACCCAGGGUUGGAGUUUGAACGACAGCAGAGAGAAGAGCUAGAGAAACUGGAAUCCAAGAGGCGGCUGAUCUCAGAGAUGGAGGUGCGGCAGCAGACGGAGAAGGAGGAGCUGCAGCGCCUCCAGCAGGAGGUGGAGAGUCAGAGGAAGGAGUCGGAGGAGGUGCAGCAGAGGAUCCUGCAGCAGGAGGAGCGGCUGCAGCUCCGCAGCCUGGCCGUGGAGAACCACCUGCGCCUCCUCCUGGCCCAGAGGGAGCGCUCCUCGGACGGGCAGGAGGCCCGGGCGGAGGAGGCGGCGGAGCGGGCGGAGGUCCACCGGGAGCUGGCGCUCCUCCAGGCGCAGCGGGAGGAGCAGGCGGCGGGGCUGCAGGGGGAGCUGCGGCGGCUGGAGGAGCAGGAGGAGGGGCAGCGGCUGCUGGUGGGCCGGCUGGGGGAGGAGCUGAGGGACAAGAGGGAGGCGGCCGCCCUGGCCCUGCCCCCCCGCGACGCCCGCCGGCAGGAGGAGGAGCACCGCGCCCUCACCCAGAUACGGGAGGCGCUGCUCCGCGCCAAGGAGGCCGGGGGCCAGGGGGGGGAGGGGGAAGAGGAGGAGGAGGAGGGGCCAGAGGGGAACGACAGGGUCGUACGGGAGGUCCAGGCGCGCUACCGCCGCUUCAAGGAGGUGCAAGUCAAGGAGCUGACGGAGCUGGAGGAGGAGGAGCUGCGGAAACAGAAGGAGCGGCCGGAGGAGGAGGAGCAGACGGCGGCGUCCCGUGGCCAGCGGGAGUCGGAGGACGACGAGGAGCGCCGGCGGCACAAGGAGAGCCAGCUGGCCGGCCUGGCCCGCGAGCGCCUGCGCCUCCUCGGGGAGGAGAGACGCCGCGCCGUGGAGCUCCUGCAGGGCUCCUCCCCCUUAACCAACGGCAACGCGGGCGCCGUAACCGAGGGCAACCCGGCGGUGUCAGGGGCCGCCGGGCUGGAGAGCACGCUGCACGCCGUGGAGGAGGAGCUGCGGGAGAAGGAGGAGCGGAUGCGGCGCCUCCGCCGGAGCGAGGAGGAGCUGCGGCAGCUGCAGGAGACGUACGAGUUUGCGGCCGACGUGGCGCAGCAGGAGGGGAAGGUGACGAGGAAGGAGAAGGAGAUCCUGCAGAGCAAGGAGGCGCAGCAGAAGGAGGCCAUGGAGCAGGCCCUGUCCCGGCUGGAGAGGCGGCGCUGGGCCCUCCAGCACAGCCCCUCCCAGGACCCCCUGGAGGAGGAGGAGGAGCAGGAGGAGGAGGAGGUGCAGCGGAGGAGGAAGAGCGGCGCCCCCGGAGGAGCGGAGGAGCAGGAGAAGGUGGAGCGGGACCUCGAGGAGCUGAGGCAGAGGGUCAGCGAGGGGGAGGACCACACCAGGACCCCCAGUCCCCCCGCCCCAGACCCGCCGCAGGGGCUGCCCUUUAGUGACGACAGGAUAAAGGCCUACAUUGAGCAGGAGGUGCAGCGGAGGUUGAGGAGCCUGAACCCCAACACGGAGAGCAGCAUGGAGCCGUCUCCAUCCUACGAGUCCAUGCAGGGAGGACCCCCCCUACCUGAUCCUCAUGACGUGAACCUCCUUCAGGACGUUGAUCUGCAGCAGAACCAACAGACCGACAGGAAGCUCAAGUACAAGUGUGUGUCCCCCGCGGCCCCCAGCGGCCCCCCCGCCCAGCAGGGGCCCCUACAGGUGAACGUUCCUCGCUACCUGCUGCGCGGACAAGGCAAGGACGAGCACUAUGAGUAUGAAGUGAAGAUCUCUGUGGGGGACGAGACAUGGACGGUCUUCAGGAGGUACAGCCGUUUCCGGGAGAUGCAUCGGAGCCUCAGGAUGAAAUACCCGGAGCUCUCUGCUCUGGAGUUCCCUCCGAAGAAACUCUUUGGGAACCGAGAUGAGAGGAUGAUCAACGAGAGACGAGGUCACUUGGAGGCGUAUCUGCGGAGGUUCUUCCAGGUCAUGCUGUGCUCUGCCGGAGGUUCUCCGCUGAGAGGGGGCGACGGUCUCUCCAAGCACGCGGUCGGACAGCUCUCCUCCUUCUUCCGGAAAGGCGUGUUCGACUCCAGCACUCACGGCACCGGCUGACCGUUGCCGUGGGAACCAAGAACAAUUAGAAAGGUCCGGGUUCCGGGGGGAUUUGCGGGUCAGUCCCCCCCACCCAGUAGUUUGUUAUCCAAUCAUUGUGGGGCUUUAGUUCCCAGUCCAAUGUGUCAAACAUGUUGGCACUCACAACGCCAUAAUUGAACUGAUGAGUAAUGUUUAAGCGGGUGGUAAUACAACCCACAGUAAUCAAAGAGCUGAUGUCUAACUGCAGGGACAGCACCACCAGUGGUGGACACACAGUACUGCACCAAGCCUUUCUGACUGGCCAGGUGAGGUCCCUUACGCAGAUCAACGUUGUUCUAUUUUAGCUUCGGUUCUAGCCAAUCGGGUUGAGGGAAUCUUGAUAAUCUUAUGUCAGUAUAAAUGUUUCUUCUUGUUUCAAAAUGCCAACGCGUGCUUUUAAAUUGUUCCUAAUCACGUCGCAGGCCCCGGUAUGUAUCUAAGAUAUGUAAAUAGGAAUAUUAAUGUGUACAGUUUUGUAUAUGAAUUGUUCAAACUGUUGACAUUGAAUGUCAUUAAAUGGAGUGUGCUCUGAACGCUGACUAACGGAACCGCUUCUAUCUCCUCUUUUACUGUUGGUUACCAUGGCAACAUAUGAGUUGGUUACCCUAGCAACAUGUCAGU